CCACUGUAUAGCUUUCAGGAAUAGGGGGAAAAGUUACUGAUGGAAGAUAAAGGAAAGCAGAGUUUUUUGAAAAACUGACAGUCUAAAAGCUUAAAAUCAAUUCCUUCACUAAUGUGCUUAUUUAUCUUAUGGUUUUUAACUGGCAUGUCCUACUGUACAACGGAUCAAUAGAAAGAUCUGUUUUGUUGUGUAAUCCAAUUUGUUUGAAAAACGCAGGACUCAGGCCAGCCUUGAUGCCACCAGGUGGCUCUGCUUACCAUACAGUCCCUCCUGUAACUGUAACUGCUCUAAAGUAGCCUAGAUAUUUGGGCAACAAUAAUGCUAUAUUUCAGAAAUUUGAUAUGCAGUAUUGGACUUAAUCGUUGGAACCGAAAUACGAAUGUGAGUCAUUAUAUUCCACAAUAGGAGCGCAAAACGGGCAACUGUAAAUGCUGCUGUAUGCGCAGGAGCUGAGUAUUUCAAGGCUAAUCUCAAAAUGGACCUAAUUACAAAACCUGUUAAAGUCAUCGAUGAUCGGCGUGUUUGCAUGGGUCAUACCACGUUGCAUACAUGAGUGCUCCCUUUGUUUGGAUGUAAGCUGCCUGAAAUAAAUAAGUAGGCCGGGUGCUAAUCUCAAAGAAUAUGCAAAGCUGUAGAUACCACAGAGGCUGCAGAAGGAGCAGAGUGGUUUGAGCAUUUAAACGAAAAUCUGCAGUGAAGUGAUGGGCCCAACUAGUGCUCCAAAAGGAUGUGGUGGUGAUGUGAGCUCCAUAUAUUAUAAUCUGUGUGACCUGACAGCAGUAUGGGGCAUCGUAGUGGAAGCUGUUGCUGCUGUUGGUGUGUUGACUGCCUUUAUCUUGUUUGUCAUUCUCAUGGCUAGCUUACCGUUUGUGACAGACAAGAAGAGAAAGGGUAUGGUGGGCCUGCAGGCCAGCAUUUUAGUUUUCACACUGGGUCUGUUUGGACUUAGUUUUGCCUUUAUUGUGGAGCAGUAUUCUACUACCUGUGCUGCGCGGAGGUACCUGUUUGGAGUACUCUUCACAGGCUGUCUGGCCUGCCUGGUGAUGCAUGGGCUGUGGCUUGCCUUGCUGCAAAGGGGAGGCCGGGGGCCCAGGAGCUGGAUGUUAUGGCUGGGAGCCCUGGCUCUCUGGCUUGUCGAAGUGAUCAUCAACACCGAGUGGCUUGUCAUUACUGUGGCCAGGAGCCCACUCAGAGAUCUCAGUGUUCCUGACCUGGCCUGCAGCAUUGUCAGCCGGGACUUUGUGAUGGCCCUUAUAUAUGUAAUGGUUCUGAUAGCAGCUGUGGUGCUAACGUCUGUGCCCUCGCUAACACACAAGCAAAAGCACUGGCGCCGAGAUGGAACCUUUAUCCUGGUCACAGGAGUCCUUACUUUGGCUCUUUGGAUAGCUUGGAUUGUCAUGUACAUCCAUGGGAACCAAGCAGUUGGUAAUCCCAGCUGGGAUGAUCCGACUCUGGCUAUAGCCGUGGUGUCAAAUGCCUGGGUGUUCCUCUUCUUCUAUGCAAUUCCAGAAAUCUGUUUAUUGACCCAGGAGGACCCAAACAAGGAACAACCCGAUGGAGAAGAAGUCUAUCCUGCUAGAAGCCUGGUUUACGACAACAUCCUGAAGGAGCCACAGCCUACCCAGCAGCAUGUCUACAUAGAAAAUAAAGCCUUUUCUAUGGAUGAGCCAGAAUCCACAAAUCCAGCGUCUCCAUAUGGGGCUUACAAUGGUCAGGCACGAAGUUGUUUAUACCAGCCCACUGAAAUAGCCUUGAUUGCCAAAGGUCUGACAAGGAAAGACCAAGACUCAGUGAUACUUCGAACCAUACCUGCCCCUUUGAAUAUGGGGAGCUGCAGCUCCGGAUCUUGUUCAGUGGAUUCCUUAACAUCUUCAGGACUAUCAUAAGUUAGCAGCCUGUACUGCUACCCAAACAUGUGGUGAUAACAGCUAUGAAGUUAAUCUACACUGAGCUUUUCCAUCUCAGAGCUCCAAGGAUCAGAUGUUUUAUAUCUCCUUUUCUCUUAAGCAAUAACAGAGUGAAUGUCUAGUAAUAUUCUGUAUAUGACUGCUUAGUUUCCAUUAAUGCUUAUGCAAUGCUUGCUCUGUGUACAUCAAAACCACACAUUAUAAUAAUGAUGCAAACCACACUGGGCUUAGAGGAAAGAUA